AAAUUAAUCACGUCUGCAAUGAGUGUAACCUUAUCUGAGUUAUCAAUACCUUCCUUCACAGAAAUGGCGUCUUCCAUUUCUGAAAUCCAUCAAGCCCAUGCUCAGCUUCUCAAGACUGGUGAUUUCUACCGCAAUACCUUCGCUUCUAACAAGCUCAUUUCUUUCGCUGUUUCAAAUCCUGACCUCACCCUCUCUUACGCUCACUAUUUCUCUUACAAUUCCCUCCUCAGAGCUUAUGCUAAUAGCCUCACCCCUCAAAAUGUUCUCUUCCUCUUUUGCCAAAUGCUUCAAGGUCCUGUUUUUCCUGACAAAUACACUUUCACUUUUGCUUUGAAGGCCUGUGCUGGGUAUGGUGGGGUUGAAGAAGGCAGGCAGAUUCAUGGUCAGGCGUUGAAACUGGGGAUUGGGUUUGAUGUUUUUGUGGCAAAUACUUUGAUCAAUUUGUAUGGCAAAAGUGGGUGCUUUGGGGUUGCACGGAAUCUGCUCGAUAGAAUGACUAACAGGGAUGUCAUUUCCUGGAAUGCUUUGUUGAGUGCUUAUAUUGAAAAAGGAUCCAUAAGUUCGGCUCGUAGAUUCUUCGACGAAAUGGAGCAAAGGAAUGUAGAGUCAUGGAAUUUCAUGAUUUCAGGGUAUUUAAGUUAUGGGUUACUCGAAGAAGCUAAAAUUAUCUUUGAUACAAUGCCUGCCAAAGAUGUGGUGUCUUGGAAUGCAAUGAUUACGGGAUAUGCUCAUGCAAGUUGUUUUGGUGAAGUUUUGAAGUUUUUUGAAGAUAUGCAGCGCGAGGAAGUGAGGCCAGAUAGUUGCACAUUGGUCGAUGUGCUGUCUGCAUGUGCUCAUCUUGGAGCUUUGGGGCAAGGUGAAUGGAUUCAUGGUUAUAUUGAUAAGAAUGGGAUAGGCACCAAUGGUUUUAUAGCUACGGCUCUCGUUGACAUGUAUUCGAAAUGUGGGAACAUCAAAAGGGCUCUAAAUGUGUUUAGAAAUGCUUCAAAGAAGGAUAUUAGUACAUGUAAUUCCAUAAUUGUUGGUUUAGGGAUGCAUGGUUUUGGAGAAAAUGCAUUGGAUGCUUUCUUAGAGAUGCUUGUGGAAGGUUUUGAACCAAAUGGGGUGACCUUCAUUGCUGUUCUAUCUGCUUGUAGUCGUUCAGGGUUGUUAAACGAGGGACAUAAGAUGUUCCAACUCAUGGUCGAUGAUUAUGGAAUUGAACCAACUAUUGAGCACUAUGGUUGCAUGGUCGAUCUCCUUGGUCGGUUCGGGUUAUUAGAAGAGGCUUUGGAGCUUGUGGAAACAAGGUCAUUGCAAGAAGCUCAUGUGCUAUGGGAGUCCUUAUUGAGUGCCUGCAAAAACCAUGGUAAUCUGGAAAUGGCAGAGGAUGUUGCUAGGAAGCUCUUAGAGUUUAAUCCGCAAGAUAGUACCUGCUAUGUUCAGUUAUCAAAUGCACAUGCAGCAUUGAAAAGAUGGGAUGAUGUUUCGAAUGUUCGGCUAAAGAUGAAGGCCCUGAAAAUAAAUAAGGAGCCUGGAUGUAGCAUGAUUGAAGUAAAUGGCGUUGUUCACGAGUUCUUAGUUGGUGAAGGUUUGAUUAGUGAACAAAUUUGACAGAAAUUGACGUUUGCAGUUCCGAAAUAGAUGUUGAGGCCAGUCGAAAGAAAUUACAGAUUCAUGAAAUGUAAUCCAUUCUACUGGAAAGUAGGAAUGAAGUUGCCGGUUGUAUGAUAGGGUUUCAUGGGGAAUCUUCA